GAGAAGGCGGUUUUGUCCCGCUCCUCCCACCCAGGUACACCCGGCCUGUCACCGCGCGGCUCAGGCUGCUACAUCCGGGUUGUUCCCGGAGAGAGGUGGCUGGAGCCGGAUCCUUUAGGAGACAUGAGGCCGCGGCUUUAAGUGACAACUGAAUAUCGGGGACAUGGCGGGGAACGGCAAGAGGAAGAAGCAGGUACGGUUCGCCCGGGCGGAGGACGACGAGGCCGAAGAAGAGGAAGAAGAGGACACUUUGUUUGAUAAACGGCCGCCAAGUGCUAGCAGAGGCCGGGAGGAAGAGGAAGGCGGCAGUCGUCGGAGGAGAGCGGAGGAUGUGGUGCUGUUAGUGCCUGGAGGCCUGAGCGGGAGAGGCGGCCAGCAGUGCGCCGGGCUGAGGUGCUGUGUGACCACCGCCAUGUGCGCGGCUUUCCUGGGGCUGGGAAUGGCUAUUUCAGUCUUAGGCCCAACGUUCCCUGAUUUGGCUGCUAAUGUGAAUAGUACUGUUGGAAACAUUUCCUAUAUUUUUGUCGGGAGGUCCUUAGGAUAUUUUUGUGGCUCUAUCUUGAGUGGUAUCCUUUUUGAACGCUUAAAUCAGCACCUGCUUCUAGGGUUAUCAAUGCUGGCAACUUGUGCAGGACUUUUUGUCUUGCCGUGGUGUAAGAAGGCCAUUUUCCUUACUGGAGUUAUGUCUAUUGUGGGAACUUCCAUGGGAUUCCUAGACACCGGUGGAAAUGUGGUCAUUCUGAACACCUGGGGGGAUGAAGCUGGACCUCACGUGCAAGCACUCCACUUCAGUUUUGCUUUGGGGGCUGUCCUAGCUCCAAUAUUGGCAAAGCUAAUCCCAGAAAUUCUGCCACUUGAUAAGAAUCACCUCACAGAACGUCUGAGAGACAACACGACAUCCAAGGAAAUGCCGGAUUUGCCUCUGGGAUUAAAAAAAUCCAUGUUAUCGUAUAUUGUGAUCGCAACAUAUAUUUUUCUUGUGUCUUUAUUUUUAUUUAUCUUGUACAUCAAGACCCAGUCAAACCAAUCAGUCACCAAGAGCACAGAAGAGAAAGCACGGACAGCCAGAUACCACAAUGCCCUUAUAUUUCUCCUUUUCUUGUUUUUUUUCUUCUAUGUUGGUGCAGAAGUUGCCUACGGUUCCUAUAUUUUUACCUAUGCUAUCACUACAGCAGCAAUGGACCAUGAUAAAGCAGCAGGGCUGAAUUCCAUAUUUUGGGGAGUGUUUGCUGCAGUUCGAGGCCUGGCCAUCUGUUUUGCUACAUGUCUGUAUCCUGGUACCAUGCUGCUGCUUAGUGUGAUUGGCUGUGCUGUGGCGUCUUUGUUUUUACUACUUUUUCAUACCAACCCCAUUGUGCUUUGGGCUGGUAGCGCACUCUAUGGUGCCUCAAUGGCUACUACGUUUCCAAGUGGCUUUUCUUGGGCACAGCAGUACACAACCAUAGGAGGAAAGGCUGCUUCUUUAUUUGUCAUCGGGGCAGCACUGGGUGAAAUGGCUAUUCCUGCCUCUGUAGGUUACCUUCAGGGAUCGUUUCCUGCCCAUCCUGUACUUAUGUAUACAAUCUUGGCGUCCUCUGUGUUGACUGCAAUUCUCUUUCCCGUUAUGUACAAACUGGCCACUUCUCCAAGGGACAAGACCCGUUGGGAUGGAAUGGAAAGUGAGGACCGCCGGGCUUUGCUUUCAGGUUCUGGAGUGGAAGAGGAGGAAGAGGAUGCUCAGCGCUGGAAUGAAGCAGAUUUUGAAUCAAUUGAAAUGAAUGAGCAAAGUAAGAACUACAACACUGUGAUACAAGAGGGCACAUCAGAUGUUACUUCAAGUUCAGACGUCAACAGCCGGGUGGUAUCAAAAAAUGGGACAGCAGGUAAUGUGAUUGCUAACAUAUCUCCUGCCAAAAAACGGAAUGCAGAGAGCGAAAAAAAUGACUAGAAAUAUAGUUUUAUAAAGCAAGCUGGCUUGUUUGGUAGAAGAUCCUGCUGAAAUUGCUUACAAUUAAUGUUUGGAAAGAUUUAUAUUCAUAUGAUGAUUUGAUGUGUACUUAAAUGGGCUUUCCCAUCUCAGUCUUUCAUGGCUUUUCAUCUUUAAAACCCUUGACUCGUCCCGCUACCAAUAUUGUAGUUGCAUAUUGGUAUGUUACAGACUAUAUAUCUCUUGCAAUUUGGGUAAAUAUCAGUGAGGAAGAAUGUAAGUGAAAAUGUUCAAUGUGUGGUAGCACAUACAGUACCUAGACUUAUGAAGCAGAGAGCUGGUCAUAUUCUCAACUGUUAGCAGGUAUUUCAACCAGUGUUGAACCAGAAUUAAAGGCAAGAGUGCUCCGACAAUAAGGCUGUGAGAAGAAGUUAGUUUCUGGCACAUGGUAGCUGUAUAACUAACUUCCUUGCACGUACAUUUUUAUACACUUGCAGAUAUUGUGUGUCUUUUGUAUUUUUCUGAAAUCUGCAAGAUUGAGUCUUGCAUUUGUGUCUUUAGUACUAGAGCCACAAACUCAGAGGUUGUUUUCUCUGCUACCUCUGAUUUAAGAGGAGUUUAGAAAGCAGUUCAAGCACUUGUGUGGUUGGAAAAGUCAGGGUCUUAAAAGUGACAAAACAACUUUAUGUGGCUUUAAUGGGGCUGUUCAACUUCACAAAAUAAUAAACAGUCCUAAAUGUUAAAUAACAAACAAACAAAAGUCUUGCUGAUCCAGGGCAGGUGCUUUGGCCGUAUCUUUAUUUACAAGCAGUCCAUGUAAUCCAGUGGAGAAAUGUGACACGUGCCAGUGUCAUUUCAGUGGGCAUGUACCGUACUGCUGGCUUCAUGGCUCCUAAUUCUGAGCGGUGAUGUCAUUAGUACGGCACAUGAUUACUGAGAUGGUCACAUGCUGACUGCUUAUAAACAAACACUGGGGGGACUGCCAGAACAUAUAUGCUACAUCAGUGGAGGAUUGGAGAGGUUUUUUUUAUUUUAUUUAAACAUUUGGUCUUUUUUUAAAUUUUUAUAUAAGUUGGAUAACUUCCCAAUGAGUUGCCUGACCUAGAGGCCAACAACUUCAAUGGUCCUAACCUGUGUCCCAUGAAAAAAAAAAAUAUAUAAUUAGGACCCUGCAGGACAAGAAAGUGGCUUAGGCCUGUGACCACUGUGGACAAAUCUCACAGGUGUCAGCAGUUGCAUCUGCUUGAAAGGCAUAUCACAGCGGCGAAAUACCAAUUAAAGAAGAUGUAACUGCUGAGGCCUGUGAUUCAACUGUUUCAACUUUUUUUUUGUUUUUUUGUGCUUUACAAAUAAGAUUAUUGGCUACUAGGCUGAACAACCCCUUUAAAACUCAAAUAUGGUUGCUGAACAGAUGACUUUACAUAGGUCUUUUUUCCCUAAGUUUACCUCUAUGUACAUCUGUACAGAAUGUGUAACUGGACUUCUUUUUUCUUUACUAGAUUAGCUGUCAGUGGGUAAUGUUCAUGUUUUUUUAUUUUUUAUUACCGUAUAUGCAUUACUACUUUACUUUGAAAAGCUUGAGGCGCUUUCCAGUAUUUGAUUAAAAUGUCCACAUAAACGUAUUCUGAGUCUUAUUGAAUUAUUAAGAAGAAUAUUAGAAAGUAAUCGCACAUCCUUGGAUAAAUGAAUGUUAACAGGGUUUUCUGGAGCAUACAUUUUGAUGACCUGUCUUUUGGAUAAGUCAUCAAUCAGAACAGUGGGGCAGACACCUGGCACCCCUGCCAAUCGGCGUUUUGAAGGUGAGUACCCGGGCCUCUUCAUUGUAUACCAGGCACAUCACCUUAUUAAAGGGAACCUGUCACCAGGAUUUUUUGCAUAGAGCUGAGCACACGGGCUGCUAGAUG